UGUGAGAGAGAGUAAAAUAUGGCCGAGGCCUCAGAGCUUACUUUAAGCGAUCAGAAAUCUCUCAUCUGUAACAUUUGUUUGGAUCUUUUAAACACUCCAGUGACUAUUCCCUGUGGACACAGUUUCUGUAAGGAUUGUAUUACAGCUAUAUGGGAGCAGCAGGUGGAUCAUGAAGGUUGUCCUCAGUGCAGUCAGACCUUCAGCAGAAGACCUCAUCUCAUCUCAUGUGUCAUACUGAAGGAUCUGAUAGAGAAACAGAGGAGCAGGAAACCUCAAACUGAUGCUGAAGACCAUGAUGUGAAGUGUGAUGCUUGCUCGACCAGAAGAGCAUCAAAUCCUGUCUCACCUGUCUCUCUUCUUAUUGCGCUCUUCACACUGACCAACACAAUGACCUGCACAAAGGGAAGAAACAUCAACUCAUUGAAGCUACUGAUCUACAGAGACAGAUGUGUCCUCAACAUGGGAAACUGCUGGAGUUAUUCUGUCGUACUGAUCGUCAGUGCAUCUGUCUGCUUUGUGUAGUGGAUGAACACAAGAACCACGACAUCAUCUCAGCAUCUGAUGAAAGAUCAGAGAAACAGGGAAAGUUAAUGGAGACACUUGUGAAGUUUCUACAGAAAGUCCAGGACAAAGAGAAUAAAGUUAAAGAGCUAAAAAAUACUGAAGAGUCUAUAAGACGUUCAGCGCAGACGGCAGGAGCAGAAUGUGAGCGAAUAUUUCCAGAGAUCAUUUCCUUCCUUCAGAAAACAUGCUGUCGAGUUAAAGAAGUGAUUUUAUAUAAAGAGAGCCUUUGUCUCAAGAACAUUAAUGGACUUCAGGUGAAAGUACAACAGGAGAUAGCUGAUAUGAAGAUGAAGAUUUCUGAGAUCAAUCAGCUUUUGUCCACUGAAGAUCACAUUUACUUCCUCCAGAAUGACCCAUCUCAGGGUAAAGAACUCGGAUCUAAAGAUUGUGAAGAUCCUUCCAGCAUUUCUUUACGUCAAGAUGCCCCUUUUCAGAAUGUAAAGAUGAUGAUUCCUGCAAUGCGAAAGCGUUUGAUGGAUGUAAGUAAGGAGAUGGAGAUCAAGAUAUCUCAGAGUUUUCAUCCAGCCUCUGCUGGUGGAUACAAAGCUUUGCAUGAUAAUAGACCCAGCUCCACACAAAGAUGUUUCCAGUCUGGCCAGAUUGAUGUGUUUCAAUUUGGAGAACCAAUGAGAAAAUUUAGCUUCAGUCCUGACCUUUCAUCUGUACCAAGCCAGAGCCAAACAUCUUUUAAAACAGAUAAUAAAAAAGAAAAGUCUUGUGUGAAUGGUUCGUUCUUUAAGCCAGUGGUGCCAUUACCUGACCUUGUUGUGGUCACAACAGGAGAAGAGAAUGAGCGAGUCCUUUUCAGGCACCGGGCCAAACUGUACUGCUUUGAUAAAGAAUUAUGUAUGUGGAAGGAAAGAGGUGUAGGAGAUCUGAAAAUACUUCAGAAUUAUGAAACCAAACACACAAGACUUGUGAUGAGACGAUUACAGAUCCUUAAAUUAUGUGCAAACCAUUACAUUACUUCAGACAUGAAGCUCGAGCCAUUAAAAGAGAGCGGGAGAGGGUGGGUAUGGAUGGCCUAUGAUUUUGCUGAAGACGUGGGAAUGGUCAAACUGUUUGCCGUGCGGUUUAGGCUUCAGGAGACUGAAGACACUUUUAAAGAAAUCUUUGAAGAUGCAAAAGAUGCCCAGGAAACAAAAAGCACGUUUUCAUGAAAAAAAAAGUGGUGAAGUUGAUAGGACACUGAAGCGGCAUUCGUUUCUCUUCUCAGGUGUAAACAGACAAAAUAAAUUGCCUUAUAUACAAACAGACACAUAGAAAGAGACAAGAUUCUUCUUAAGAUGUGUCAACCAAACUAUUACAGAAAUUACUGAAAUCUAAAAUAUUGCUAUUCAUCUUGUUUGCCUUCAUACACCUGUUUACACAUUGAAUAUGAUCAAUAGUCACAGAGUUCACAGAGAAACAGAUCUAUCUAGACAUUGACCCAUGUAUAAUAUUUAGAUGCAGUGAUUAUACCAACAACCAGCAAAUAAAGUUCAUCUGGGAACAGAAUUAACUUUAUAUGAGUUAGAUGUAGGAUUAUUAAAAUCAAACAGCAGUUCUUCAUCAGACCUUUCCUCAACAAACAUAACUGAUGUAUUUGUCUUAUUUUAUAUCAUUAAAGAAAAUCAGGCACUAAUGAGGGAAACGUUUUAUUUUAUUUUUAAUGUUUCUUUUUAAUUGAACUAUUAUAAACAUCUGAUCCUGGUUUUUUUCUGUUUGAUAUUUUUUCUCAUUCUUCGUACAUUUGAAGCACUAUAGCAUUUUGCUAUACAUUUUUUUAUGUUCAAUUUUUUGUUAUGCAGCAUUUAGGACAGAUAGUGGUAUGUGGAAAAAUUAUGCCUUUAUUCAUGAAAUUUGAAUGUAGCAUUUUUUACAUUUUGGUUACUGAAAUGUUUUGUUUUUAAUUACUGCUUGUGCUUUGAAGAAUGAUUGUGAAAAACAAGCCUGGUGAAUUUGCUUGUAAAUAAUGUU